UUAGAAAAAUAAAAUAAGACCGAGAGCACAAGUCAUCUAGUAAAGAAAUCUACAUUUUCCACCCGGAGUUACUUCAUCCCAAAGAUAUUGUUUACAACUAACAAGAAGUCUGUCAAACAGCUAAAAAAACUGCUCUCCUCGAAUACAGGGGAAGCUUUAACACCUCUUAAUAUGGGAGACAAACGCCAAAAAGCGAGCGGAGCCCAAAUCAGAGAGGGUUACCAUACGAAUAACAGCAAACCAAGGUGCUGCAAAAAGCGACACAUACACGUUCGACCUCGUCGCCUGACGAGCACUAGCAGUGCAGCAAUCGAAAUGUCGCCAUCAGUAUGAUUGAUACCUUGAUUCUACAUCGUGAGACAAAUGAUUCAACGCUCAUUUAUCUACAAAACCACGAUGAAAAAAAACAAAACAAAAGAAAUCAUCAAACAUUUUCUAUAACAUCUUGCAUCUGACUGGCUCUGAAACAUAUCUGCAGAAAUUGGCUACAGCUUUGCACCAGCUGCUAAGAGCAAUAAAAUGUUGAGGCCUCUCUGCCCAUCACCACACGGUGUUGCCAAGCAAUUAAUUGUGGCAGACGUAGAUGGCUUGGCUUAAGUCUGAAGAACCAUUAGUAACUUUGCAAGACAAUUCUGACAAAGAAAUUUGAGACUGAGGAGGUGUAAGUCCCAACGAACAGCUUCAUAAAAGUGAGUUGUAUACUUCAUCUGUUUCCGCUAUUAGCUAUUAGGUAAGAACAACAUUCAUAGAAGCUAGAUGUAAGAUUUUUUUUUCCGUAGUGGGUAAGUGAAACCCCUUAGGGCUCGUUUGAAAACGAAAAAGGCUAAUAGAUCUCUGUAUCUGUAUUUUUUUCAAAAUGAAUCUUUCCUGAAAUGUUCAACAACACAGUUUUGAUUUCCCUGCAUAACAUACUUUGCAAAUAAAAAUGCGCUUAAUGCUCACCAAUCACAGCAAAACAUAAUGAGUUUUCUUAUUCGGUAAACAAGUGCGCGUGAUAGCUGUCUUCUGAAAGCCUAACCUACCAAUGACGUAGAUAGGAGAGUAGAAAAGCGAUACUACUGAACCUCGGUGUUUCAAUGUUUAGUUAAAACAAAUUGGAUGAAGCAGAUGUUUUUUCUUUCUUGGAAACCAUACAUUGUCUACUCCAAGCGCAAAUGAUUUUGUUUGCAAAUCUGACAGUCUAUAUAAGGUGCUAAGGCACUUUGAUAGCGACAUUGUCUCGUUCCAUAGUGAUUCAUAUCAAAUACGAAAAUUCAAGUGAAGAUUCCGGAAACAAGUCAAAGGCUAGUAAGGUAAGCGAUCCAUUCCGGAAUGGGAAGACUGCGCUUCGUUUUAAGACAAUAUUUCGAUGAACCAGUUCAAAAGAUUUAAUUUCUUUAAAUCUUCAUAAUUCAAAAUGACAGAAAUAAGUCUGGUGCCUUGUAGAGACUUAACCAUCACUAAAUAUAAGACAGCCACUAUCAAAGUAUCAGUUCUCCGUAAAAAUUGCCAUCGACUUCUCUGGAUGCCAUUACGGAUAAAUACUUUGCACAUCAGAUCACCAUUUCAUCUCUCAUCUGCUAUCUACUGAGUAUUAAAAGAAAAAAAUUAUUUCCAUUAUCCCCGACUUUUAGUGUUCUGACUAGUGCUUUCUAUAAGAAAGAAACUACCUUAGGGUAAAGUUUUUAAAAAUCAAUUAACGAUAUGUAAAAGAUAUAUCGGACGUUGAAUACUACGCAACACAUUUGUCGUAUUCAUGCUAAUUUUUUGUUAAAUUCACACCAUGCCAGUUGCGUUUCCUGUAGAUUAAUGAGCGCCAAAAGUGAUUGGACAGCAAUACUUUUAGUCGCUUGAAAGUUGAUCGAGAAGUAGAAGGUUUGGGUCACCGCAUCACUCCUGAAGCUCUGAGAAAAUGAUUUCAUACCUCACUAUCUGAUGCCACAAUUAACCAAAAGCCGGGUUCAAUACGAGAAGGCAGAGACAACAUUAAAACGUCAGGAAAGCACCAUCGAAAGCAAAUACCCAGUUUCCGUCUAUUAUUAAGAAAAGCAGAUUUUACAGCUCAGGAGAAACAGUAGAAUACUGCUGGAAACUUUUAAAAGGGAGACUUAUAAGAAAGAAAUCAAAUCGAAUGAAUAGAGCCGACAGAAAAAACAUCAAAAUACUGAAAUUUUGAUGAUACCGUCGCACGAGAUGUCUGAAAAACGGGUCAUUACUACGGCAAUCGAAACAGCAGAUGACUGAAUCAUCGGUAGAGCAAUUGAAACUACCAUUGAAAACUUUUGAUGUUGGAGUGUUGAUCUUCACUUAAACAAAAGAAAGUCGAGCUUGAUGUAACUAUCGCAUCUCUUUGAUUUACCAUGCGGGUGGACACAGCAGAUAUCUACUUGAUUUCAGCUUAUAUCGUGGUAGUCCUUGUGGGUAUUGCUGGUAACUCACUUGUGAUAGAAGUGGUGCGAAGAAAACGCUCCAUGCAUUCCACCAUGAACUUCCUGCUCGUCAAUCUCGCGAUCUCAGACUUGUUGACUCUCGUCUUCUGCCUUCCGGGGACGACUCUUUCCUACACCGAGCAACCAAAUGGGCAUGUGGGCAAUUUCCUCUGUAAAUUUAUCACAACGCACACCAUCGCUGGUGUUGGAAUGAUCGUCUCUGGAAUGACACUGACAUUAAUCUCUGUGGAACGCUACAAAGCUCUGGUGAUUCCAAUGGAAACGCGAUUUCGACUCAACAGAGGAAACGUCCUCUUUGCCAUCAUAGGGAUCUGGAUUUUCGCCAUCGCUUAUGUGUGUCCACUCUUUAUCUUCGAAACGUACAGCGAGAAGUACCAUCGAUGCAUCACAAGCUGGCCAACUUCUUCCGCGAAAAACAACGCGUAUUGGAUCGUCCUUGCCGUAAUUGUCACUACAGCUUUCGUUAUCAUGUUCGUCUGCUACUUUAGCAUAGUCAGAGGUUUAUACUUUACAAACACGAUUUGCUCCUCAAACGCCAACGCCGGAGUGGACAAUGAUGCGGUGUUGAAACGAAAAAUCGUUCAAAUGCUGCUGAUAGUCACCGCUGUGUUUUUGCUUUGUUUCUUUCCCUUUGCCAUUGCAACCGCAGCAGACAUAGCCCAAGGCAGCGUUUUCUACAAGACUUCGUAUUUUCUGGUGUACUGCAGUUCUAGUUUAAAUCCCAUCACAUAUGCGCUGAACAGUACAAAUUACCGAACUGCGUUUAAGGAAGUUUUGAAUGAGUUCCGAUUUUGUGCCUGUUUAGGACAGACUCAAGAUUUUAGAGUAGUGGUCCAAUAGGAAAACAGCGACAGAACCCGUGGGGUUUAAGUCUGUGCAGUUGUAAGCGACUGUGCUCUUUUUCACGAUCAAUUCAUUAAAUGAAUAUAUACAGCGAAGUAUUUCACUUUUAGAGUUUACACUUGCCUCAAACCUGUCAUAUUAUGAUGCAUUUCUAGAUAAGCUUUGUAUAACCUGACUUACUCAAAGAUUUAGUUAUAUAGAAUCGGUACAUUGGUUUAAAAAAAGAUUAGGUUCCGUUUAAUCCCCUUCAUAUUUAGGAUUUCAUCCAAUAUUCUUUGAUAAGCGGAAAACAAAGCAUUUAUAUGCAGCUAAAUCCAAAUAAAAUUUUAAUUCAAAAUUAUUUCGUCAUUUUUGCAAGGUGUGCAAAAAAUACAGAGAGACUCUUCACAUCAAUACCGAAGAAUAAACACAAAAGUAAAAACACCUGAAUCUUUUAAUAUCAGAACUCUUGUAAUAUUCGGGCAUAGUUAGUCCCCCUCUACUAACUAUGAUUCUGGUGUUGUAAUUUCAAGGCAUUUAAACUUGAUUAGAUGACAGUUUGAUGAUUUUGUUUCGUGUUCCCUUUGGCAAUUUACAAAUCCAAAUCCUACAUCACUAUCA